CUGCGCAUGUGCAAUCCCACCAUGUUUGACCCCGUGUCUCAGCCUUCUCUUGAAUAGCCUUGAGAACAACAAGGAAGCAGCAGAAGGCGUUAGUCUUUAUUUGUCCCGAACCACCAGUGUGUGACUAUUAUGAUGUUGGUUCCAAUGUAGGCCUGAGUGACACGGUUAACCAGCUGCUGACAGACCAAACUCCAGUGUUUAAAGGAGGCAGAAUGGCAGACGAAGCUCCUUUCCAGUUUUUACAUAACGAAGUGAUGCAGUACAUUUACAAGUCAGCUGAAAACGGAGAGACGGAGAAUGGAAGAAACAUCGCCAAACUGGAGAAUAUGGGAUUCAGAGUCGGCCAAGGGCUAAUAGAGAGACUAACAAAAGACACAGCACGGUUCAAAGAUGAGCUGGACAUUAUGAAGUUCAUCUGUAAAGACUUCUGGACUUGUGUUUUCAAGAAGCAAAUCGACAAUCUUCGAACCAAUCACCAGGGCAUCUAUGUCCUCCAGGACAACAAGUUCCGAUUACUGAGUCAGCUGUCAGCUGGUAAACAGUACCUGGAACAUGCCCCAAAGUAUCUGGCCUUCACCUGUGGUCUGGUGAGAGGAGCUCUGUCCAACCUGGGAGUGAAGAGUAUUGUGACUGCUGAAGUGUCCGUCAUGCCAGCAUGUAAGACAGGCAUCAUUCAAACUCCAUCUGCUGAGGAAUGCCAUGAGAUGGUAAAUUCCAGGUCAUGAUCCAGAAAAUAUAGCGACCAACUGAGGCCACUCUGCACUCCCUUCCUCCCUGCCUUCAUAUAUCUUUAAGUUUUUGUCAUUGAAGGGAAACGCUGCCCAGUGAAAUAUAGUUCUCUGUACACUUUGGAUCACAAUUACAGAUGCUGUUAUGAAAGUUUGUCCUGACUUCCAACAUCCAGAGUCCUGUUUAAUGAUAACAGUUAUUUGAGGAAGAGUGAUUCCUGUUGACGCUGCCAUUAAUCAUAAGUGGACAAACACUUUCCACUGCCAAGACACUUUCUGAGUAUAUAGUUAUGUCUCUGUUCUAUAAAGUCUUAAGUUUCUCACUAAAUUAGUGUGUGAGUAUUGUCAUUAUGGAAGUGCUUUGGCACCCUCUAGUGGCACAACAGUAUACUGCACAAUCAGUUUGAAUUGAGACAGUAAACUGUUAAUCCAUUUUAAACAUGACUGAAAUAUAUUGAGUUAUAAACACAUUUGCUAGAAUUUAUCAGUUAUAUUGUCCCCACCCUACCAGUUAGCUCUGCUUAGAACUUGAGUGCUUUACAGCAAGCUUUAAAAUAAAUAAAUAAAUAAUUAAAUAAAUAAAUAAAAUGGGGCCCAGCUGAGCUGCAUAGAUGACAUGUGGCGACAGUCAAAGGCAGACAGAAUUCACAUGGAGAACAUGCCAAAAUGUGUUUUGAUAAAAAGAUAAGUAGAUGAAUGAAUAAAGAGGUUUACCUGUCAUAACAGUGCUCCCCAUAGAGUAAAGACACUCAUUGUAGCACUAGUAAUGAUCUGCAGUACCAUUGUAGCAUUAAAAUGUCCAAACUGUAUGUACAUACAUGUAUUAUAGAUGGAUUUUGUUGUUAUUAAGGUUGAAUCUGUUGCAAUAAAUUAUGGAGAUAUA